CUAACCUUAACCUAAUUAUCCUAAGCUGCUAGGUUAAUUAUCCUUACCUGUUGCGUAAGGUCUCCUAACCUGCUACGAAAAGUACAUUCUGACAAGCUCCAUCUCUUCUUGCAAAGAUGGUGCGAACUAUUCUGUCGACAGUCCAUAUAACUUCCUGUUAAGAGAGAAGCAAAAGAGGAAGUCAUGGCGAACACAGAAGGACCCGAGCCCCCUCGGACUCGAAGAAAUAGUAAUACAAACAUCCUUACAAGGAUCAGACAUGGACAAAGCUCUGGCCGGGCAAUUAGUCGAGGGACAGAGAUAUCUGAGGCCCUACUCCAGGAAAGAGACCAACAGGCCCAGUGGCAUGGGAUUCCAGUGCUGCUGCAGAGACUGUAUGACAGCAGUCACCUCAACAGUGACCUCUCCCAGAUCCACUCCAUCAUCAAGGAAGUGUCACCUUUUCUCUCCAUGGAGGCUAUGUCGUUUGUGACAGAGGACAGGAGAACAGUGCAGAAGUCCACCUGUCCCAACACAUACACCUUUGACCUCUUUGGAGGCAUUGAUUUACUAGUGGAGAUUCUGAUGAGACCCACCCUCACCACACAGAUGAAUGUCCCUAAAAUGACUGAUGACCUUGUCAAGGAUUGUUUAAGUGUUCUGUACAAUUGUUGUAUAUGUAUGGAAGGAAUCACAAGAAGUCUGGCAUCACGAGAUGACUUUGUCAUGUUUUUGUUUACACUGAUGUCAAACAAGAAAACGUUUUUGCAAACAGCCACAUUGAUUGAGGACAUUCUAGGGGUCAGGAAGGAGAUGAUCCAGCUGGAGGACAUCCCCAACCUGCCAAGUCUGGUCCAGAGCUUCAAUCAGCAGCAGCUAGCCAACUUCUGCCGCAUCCUGUCAGUCACCAUCUCUGAGCCAGACAUGGGCAACGAUGACAAGCACACGCUGCUGGCCAAGAACGCCCAGCAGAGGGCCAACCCCUGCCCGUCCCACUCUGAAGUCAACCAGGUGGCCCUGCUGAACAUCCCGGGCUUCAUUGAGCGGCUAUGUAAGCUGGCCACCAGGAAGGUGUCGGAGGCCUCGGGGCCAUCCAGCCUGCUGCUGGAGCUUCAGGACUGGUACACCUGGCUGGACAACGCCCUGGUGCUGGACGCACUCAUGCAGAUGGCCACAGAGGACGCCGAGCAGAGCAGCACAGAGUCCUCAGACGAGAGUUCUCUGGCCACCAGCCCUCUCAGACACCGUCUGCCCCAGUCCAUGAAGAUUGUUCAUGAGAUCAUGUACAAGGUGGAGGUGCUCUAUGUGCUCUGUGUGCUACUCAUAGGCCGCCAGAGGAACCAGGUUCACAAAAUGCUGGCAGAGUUCAAACUGAUUCCAGGACUUAACAACCUGUUUGACAAGCUGAUCUGGAGAAAGCAAACAUCUUCCCAUGUCCUCCAUGGCCAGAACCAAAACUGUGACUGCAGCCCGGAGAUCUCCUUUAAAAUCCAGUUUCUACGAUUACUCCAGAGCUUCAGCGACCAUCAUGAGAACAAGUAUCUCCUCCUGAARGCUCAGGAGCUGAAUGAACUCAGUGCCAUCUCUCUGAAAGCCAGCAUCCCUGAGGUGGAGGCUUUUGUCAACACAGACAGGAAUCUAAUCUGUGAUGGUAAAAAGGGCCUCCUGACACGGCUACUUUCAGUCAUGAAGAAGGAACCGGCUGAAUCCUCAUUUAGGUUCUGGCAGGCGAGGGCGGUGGAGAGCUUCCUGAGAGGGGCCACCUCCUACGCUGACCAGGUGUUCCUGCUCAAGAGAGGCCUGCUGGAGCACAUUCUGUUCAGCAUCAUAGACAGUGGCUGUAAGUCCAGGGACGUGCUGCAGAGCUACUUUGACCUGCUGGGGGAACUCAUGAAGUUCAACAUCGACGCCUUCAAGAGGUUCAACAAAUACGUCAACACCGAGGAGAAGUUCCAGAUGUUUAUGACCCAGAUCAACAGCUCUCUGGUGGACUCCAACAUGCUGGUGCGCUGUAUCAUCCUGUCCCUGGAUCGCUUUGAGAGCCAGAUUGAGGAUGUGAGCGUUGUGGAGGUGCUGUCAGAGUGCAGUCUGCUGUCCUACAUGGCCCGCGUGGAGAACAGACAGGCCUUCCUCUUCAGGCUCGUCAACAUCAUCAAUGUGCAGAUACUCACCCAGGAGAAUGUGAGCUGUCUGAACACCAGCCUGGUAGUGUUGAUGCUGGCCAGGAGGCGGGACAAACUGGCCUUCUGUCUCAACGCCCUGAGGGAGAAGGAGUACGCUGAGAAAUACCCCGGCUGCCUGCUCAACAACUUACACAACCUGCUGCGCUUCUGGCAGCGCCACUACCUCAACAAGGACAAGGACAGCACCUGUCUGGAGAACAGUUCCUGUAUAUCAUUUACCUACUGGAAGGAGACUGUGUCGGUUCUGUUGGACUCAGACCCGACUUCACUAUGUGCCAUAGCCAGCUACAUCGACGAGGCCUACAUGGAUCUGGGCAGAGACUUUCUGGAAGUGUAAUACCUUGAUUGCUGCCUCUGGAUGGAUGGAGGAGAGUCAAUGUCUCCAUUCACCUACAAACUGAAAGAUCUGAGCUCUCACUCCUCCAUAUAGCUGUUAUUCAGGGAUCCUUAGGUCUACAGAAUGACUGUGUGCAUAGUUUUGGGCUUGUGUGUGUUAAGUGUAUGAGUGGAUACUUGUGUCAUGUGUGUGGAGCCGUGUUGGGGUGUAUAACAUGUCGGACUUGGGAGUGUCCAUUCUAUUGUAGCUGUGGAGGAGAACCAGUCAGCAGCCCCAGAGGACUGAGGUUCCUUCAGCCUUUCACUAAUAGUAUGGAUAGGAUCUCUCCUACCCUCUGGUUAAAAAAAAAACUACCCACUUCAUAGUGUCGCCAAAAUGUACAUGGUGAUUACAUUGGCAGAUGGUACAUAUUGUACAGAGUACUUACAACUGGUAUACCUUUUUGUGGCACAAUUUCAGAGAUUCGCAAUUAAUUGUCUAGUGUAAUAGUUCUACAGUAAGGAAAGGUUAUAACAAUCAAUUUGAGUUUGUUUGCCGAUGUAAUAACAUUUUGAUGUGCAGUCACACGAACACGAUGUGUAAGUACACCGACUGGAAGAAAUACAUUACUCUAUCAGUAUGUUCAUGUUUUAGGGACAUUGAGGCCUAGAUUCAAUCAGAUCAAGUGUUAACCGGUGAUGGCCGUCACCWGCAUAGCUGAUGGUUUUUUGGGAGGUGAAACUGUGUUGAAGCUGUCAAAUUGGUGCUCUUGUGAUCCUUGUCACAAAGCCACAACGUCCCACUCGCUUUAAUGUUCAGAACAAGAAUGUGUAGGCUAUAUAGAAAUAAUGACGCUCACAUUGAAAAUCAUUCACCAAAAUGAGGAUUUCUGUCAGCCUAAUGGAGGUGUAGAUUACAUUCCAGUGCUCAAACUUGUAAACAAGGCUGUGUGGGAUUUAUCUUAAUGCGACUCCGUGCAGCCAAUGGCAAUGUCRGCUUUAGGUAUGUCUGGAGCCGCUUGUGGAUUUGACAGCUCUUAACGCAGUUCCACUGGCCUGAAAACAACCACUAUGUGGAUCUAAUUGAAUAGAGCCCUUAAUUGAAGACCAAAAUAUCAGUAUUUCAGGGACAAGCAAUAGUUUUAUUUUGUUCUAAAAAGAGGCUAUUUAAAGAAAUGCAUCAUAACAUGAUCCCUGUAAAUGACAAAGGAUUUAGGACGAGGUGGACACAAGGCUCAGGACUCACCAGAUGAAUGAAUUAGUUUGGUCCAACACCCACAGGAGUCCUGACUGGCAUCCGUAGUAAUGUUAGGAAAGGUGCUUCGCUUACAGCAUGAGGCUUGUAAACGUUGUGUCCAUUCUCAGGAUGUGUGGGUCUGUAUGUGACACUGGGCCCACCGGGGUUUUUUCUGCAUAGAAAAGUCUUAGGCUGACCAAACAGUAUAAAUAUUUUUACAUUCAGGAUGGUGAAAUGUUUUCAGUGUAAACUUAAAACAAUUAAAAAGCAGGAAGUAUGUAGAAAA